AUGGCAGACAGCAAGCGAGACUUGGAGAUGGAGAGGUUCCGCAAGGGGGAACUCAACGUGCUGAUUUGCACCAAUGCCCUGGAGGAGGGAGUGGAUGUCUCAGACUGCGCCUUUGUCAUCCGCUUCAACCGUCCCUUGCUCGGCCAGAAGAGCCACAUACAGGGAGCUGGCCGCGCACGGCGGAGUGAUGCGAAAAUCUUUUACUUCGACAACGACCCUGACAAGGAAGAAGGGCGUGCCAAGCUGCUGUCCGAGGUUGCGAAGGAUGAAUCACUUCGACUCACAGAGGCCCAGCGCGAAGAGCGCAGGAUAGAUGCCACACUCUCCAUUCCAGGAGUCUACCCAUUCAACCCUCCAGAGAGUGCGAAGGCUGAGGUCAACCUGUACAAUUGCUUGCAAAUGGUGUAUGAGUACUGUGCAAAGACGAUGGGCCAGUCCCUGAACCCAGAAGAUCUUUUCACCUACGAAGAGAAGGUGAUUUGUGAGUACCCGCGGCAAGUUCGGAAGUUCAUCAAAGAAGCCAAGUAUCCCUCGCCAGAAGGCUUUCAGCAGGUGACCUUGGAACGAGUGAAUGCCCGCUGGGGUGAUACAAAGCUGGACAGCGUCCUGGACCCGAGUCGAAGUAGGAACCUGAAGACAGAGGACAAGGAGAAGCGACGAUUUCUGUAUGUCGUUGCAAUAGAUAUGCAUGAACGUGGGCUCCUG